AUGACUGUGGGUUAUUACUCAGCCACACCGAACACCAAUCAGCAGGGUCGCUUUUUUUGCCAAGCUUAUGCCCAGCAGCAGCCCUGUAAUUGCGGCUGGACCACACAGACGCGCAUUACAAAUGGCCAAGAGGCGACCAAGCAUGAAUAUCCGUCGAUGGUUGCCUUGAGAGAUCUCAGCUCGACGCAACAGGUUUUCUGCGGUGGCAGCAUAGUGAGUAAUCGUCAUAUUAUGACAGCGGCGCACUGUAUGCGCGUACAAUCAGAUCCGCGGAGGAUUAUCGCCUAUGUGGGAGAUCACGACCUAAGCAGCACCACCGAUUCCAUGUUUGCCGUGCAACAUCGUAUACAGCAGAUUAUCAUGCAUCCCAAUUAUGCCUCCACUACAAUUAGUGUCAUCAACGAUCUGGCCCUGCUCAUCACCAUUACGCGCAUUGAAUGGUCUCGUGGUGUUGGACCCAUUUGUCUGCCGCUACUACAAGCCUCUGAUUUAUUCACCUACCGCACCGUGGAUGUUACCGGCUGGGGUACCACCUCCUUUGCCGGCCCCAAAUCAAAUACGCUACAAAAAAUCGAACUGUUGACUGUCGAAAAUCGUGCCUGCGAAUCACAAUUCAAUACCACCAUCAUUCCCUCACAAAUUUGCACCUACGACUUUCGUGGUCUAGGACAAGACUCAUGCCAAUACGACUCGGGCGGUCCGGUUAUCCUCAGGCAACAGCAACAGCCGUCACAGCCAUCACGCAUGUAUGCGCUUGGAGUAAUCAGUUAUGGUGGGCCGUGUGGGGCACGUUAUGCGGUGGGCGUAAAUACACGGGUCACGACUUAUCUGCGUUGGAUCUGGAGAUAUGUGCAAAGUGCUGAAGGUGUGUGUGCACCUUAGGCAUCAAAAUAUACCAAUUGUUG